UUUAUAGGUGCUAACGUUAAUAUACUUGCACGUAAUAUUGUAAUAAAUUGUGACUGCUCAAGCUAUUUACGAUUUACGCCCUAAUUGUGUUUAAAAUUCUUGUAUUGUGAACCAAUAAUGUUCGCGAUAAGGCGUCAAGUGCAAUUCUAAGGCGAGUUAUUUACAAUUUGUAAAGUAUUCGUGUACAAAGAAAUUGUAAUAAAAUGGAGAAAGUACAGAACUCAAUUUCGGUGCGAACAAAUGGAGAAAAAUCUCAUCAACGACAAAACUUUAACAAUGGAACGUCAUCGUCCAGCGAAGGCACACCAAAUACCGACCCAGUCGCAAAAUUCAACAACUUUUACAAACAACGGUAUUCAAAUGAAUCAGCAGCAUCGGACAACGAGAUCCCCGAACCGAGAAAACCAAACCCGAUUCAAUCGAGAAGCCAUUACAAGAGCAUGGGCAGCAUCACUGAAAGUUAUAGAAAGGAUUUCAACUGCAACGUGAAUGUACCAAAUAGUAUAAGCAAUAUAGAUUUAAGCCUCCACAGUGAAGAGAUAAAGAAAUUCGACUCACUACAAAUACCUAUCGUAGGUUAUGAGGUCAUGGAGGAACGAGCUCGCUUCACUAUAUACAAGUUAAAAGUUGAAGAUGAUAAACGCGACCAGUCUUGGUUAGUAUUCCGCCGAUAUACAGAUUUUGUUCGCUUAUACUCACGUAUAAAAUCCGAACAGCCUAACUUAAUGUUACCAUUACCAGGUAAGCGAUGGUUUAGGGAUAACUUUGAACCAGCGUUCUUGGAAGAACGAGUAAGGGGGUUGCAAAUUUUUGUUAAUGCUAUAUUGAGUAAAUUGCCCAACCACCCGGUUGUAAGGGAGUUUUUCUGUCUCGAUGAACCACCUCAGGUUUUUAGCUACCAACCUGAGGUUCAAGCGGUGUAUGGAGCGUUGGAAGACUCGAUAACGACUCUGAAAAUGAAGUUGAAGCAGAAAGAUGCAACUAUAAUGCAUAUGCAAAAGCGUCUAAAUGCUCUGGAAAGACAGGCUAAAAGUUGUUCAAACUGUAGUACAAACAAUGAUAUGUGAUUUUUGAUAUUGUAGCAUUUUUUUUUGGUAAGAUAAUAGGUUAAGUUGCUUGCAGAGCAAGAUUGAAUUAUGAUAUCUUUAAUAUGCAGCUGUUAUAUAUAUAUAAGAAAACGUUGUGUAAUAAUACGAUUCAUAUUCAAAUUGAUGUUGAUAAUUUAAACAUUUCCAUGUAUCGGAUGUCUAUGUUUUGUGAAUUUUUCUACUGGC